ACGUAUGAGGGCUCUCGUGCAUGCAAACAGACAUGGUGGCUCCCUGACGGUCCAUGUGGCUCUGACGACAGGAAAACUUCUUCAUAACGUCACGUUAAUUUAUUAAAUAUCGUUAAAACAAACAGACUCUGUCGGCUGAAGCUGCGAGCAGCUCCGAGAGGAACUAAAGAUGCAACACGAUGACAUGAUCUGGGACGUGAUCGGGAACAAACAGUUCUGCUCCUUCAAAGUCAAGACGAAGAGUCAGAACUUCUGUCGGAAUGAAUACAACGUCACAGGGCUGUGUAACCGCUCGUCCUGCCCGCUGGCCAACAGUCAGUACGCCACCGUCAGAGAGGAGAAAGGUCAGUGUUUCCUCUACAUGAAGGUGAUCGAGAGAGCAGCAUUUCCUGCCAAGAUGUGGGAGAAGGUGAAGCUCAGUAAGAACUACGAGAAAGCUCUGGAACAGAUCGAUGAGAAUUUGAUCUACUGGCCUCGAUUCAUGAGACACAAGUGUAAACAGCGCUUCACCAAAAUCACUCAGUAUCUGAUCCGCAUGCGCAAACUGGUCCUCAAGAGACAGAGGAAGUUGGUGCCUCUCAGCAGGAAGGUGGAGCAGAGAGAGAAGAGGAGAGAGGAGAAAGCUCUGAUCGCUGCUCAGCUGGAUAACGCCAUUGAGAAGGAGCUGCUGGAGAGACUCAAACAGGGAACGUACGGAGACAUCUACAACUUCCCGGUCCACGCCUUCGACAGAGCUCUGGAGCAGCAGGAUGCAGAGAGCGAGUCUGAGGAGGAGGAAGAUGCGGAAGAGGAGGAGGAGGAAGAUGACGAGGACGUCGGGAAGAGAGAGUUUGUAGCAGAAGAAGAAGUGGAGGACGAGAGCGACCUGAGCGACUUCGAGGACAUGAACAAACUGAGGACGAGCAGCGACGAGGAGGACGGGGGUGAGGAGGAGUCCAGUGAAGAAGAAGAGGAGGAAGAGGAGGAGAUGGAGGUGGAGACAAAGGCGAAGGCCUCCAAGUCUAAAGGUAAAUCUCCAGCUAACGGCUCGGUGGUGAGGAAGAAGCGAGCGUACGUGGAGAUCGAGUAUGAGAUGGAGCCCGCCGCCAAGAGCAGAGCCACGUAGUGAUGUCACAGCCUCUGCUGCCAAUCAAACUGUGACUCUCUGCUGAGGACACACCCACUCUGUGGUGGUCGUCAGUUUGUUCAUACGGAGCCUGGACAUGGAAGUUUGUUGAUGGACACACAGGACGGAUCUGACCUGGAUCAGUUCAAAACUCACAAGUGACUUUAACAGCUUUGUUUUGUCUGUUUGUUAAAUAUUAAUCAAUAAAUGAUGAUAAACAUGUCAAUCAAUCAGUUUUGGAAAGAAGUUGCUUCAUGUUUCAUAAUAAAAAACUUUAUAAAUAUCUUAACGUCCAGAAUAAAGAAAGUGACAAACACAUUGUGAGAAUUCACUGUUUUCCUGUUAAACCUUGACAUUUUGAGAAAAAUGUCUUUUCUCAUUUCUACGUUCAAAAUAAAUAAACAUUUUGUUGUUAUGA